AUGGCUCUUUCAGCUCCUAGCACAGAUGCCCAAGCCCUCAUUGCGCAAGAGACAAGUCCCGAGCAAACCUUCAACGAAUUCACCGCAAGCACCGCCUGGACCCUGGGAAAUGCUCUCCGUGAACGAAUCCUCUCCCUGCCAGCUGGGCAGCGCAAGCCUGCUCUAAUCUCCAUUGCGCUCGCCACCGCGACAUCCGGUGGCGUCCCACUGCAUGUCCUCUUCCAGAGCGCAACUGAGAGCGGCACGAUCCCAGAUAAUGAGAACUGGGUGCGGAGGAAGCGGAACACCGUGCUCCGGUGGGGAGUGUCGAGUUGGGCAAUGAGACAAAAGACGAUUGGUGGAUUGGUGGCUGGCGCGUCGGCGGAUCAGAUUGAGGCUGCUUUUGUCAAGAAGUAUGCUCUUGCUAGUGCCAAUGGUGGAGCGGUUGCUGAUGAAUAUGCAAUUCAUGGGGGUGGGUAUCCCAUCCGGGUGCGCGGGGUUGAAGGCGUUGUUGCUGUUGUUGUUGUCAGUGGGUUGAAGCAAGAGGACGAUCAUCAGGUGGUUGCUGAGACUAUUAAGGACGUUGUUGCGAAGCAGAAUUAG